UUCUCUUACAAACUUACCCACGUGGACUCUCCAAAACUGGAGGCGAGAAAGAAGAAGAAGGAUCCAUAAACUUGAGGUUCCUAGCUAGCUGACAAUGACUUUUCUACUGCCUCGAACUGCUCGUGUGAGUAGAAGACUAGUUGCUUGUGUACAGAUGCGUCAUAUGAGCAGAGAUGUUGGUCAACCAACUCAUUUUUCUCAUCCAGAACUGCUAGCUACAGGAGAAUUGCUGCCUGGUAUGCAUCGUGAAGAAUUUGCUGAGAGACGAUCAAAUUUAAUGAGAGGUAUUGCUGAAACUCACAGUGGAAUGACAGAGGACAAGCACCUCGUCAUUAUUCCUGGUGCUCACAUUAAAUACAUGUCAGAAAACAUUCCGUACCGCUUCCACCAGAACACAGACUUCCUAUACCUUACUGGGUGCCUUGAGCCUGAUGCCGUACUCUUGCUUGAGACUACCAAUCGUCAGGCCCUCCCUGAGCACAAGGCAGUCCUCUAUGUACGCACAAGGGACCCUCAUAAGGAGAUGUGGGAUGGACCCAGACCAGGUCCUGAUGGUGCACUGGAACUGACGGGGGUGGAUGAGGCGUAUACUCUCAGUAAUCUGGAGCAACAUUUGGAAUCUAAGUACAGUGCAGAGGGCUACAUAGUGUGGUACGGCACUCAAAACGUGGUGCACCCUGAGCAUAACGAGCAGAUAAUCAAGGGGUUAACCAGUUCACCUGAAUCAAGAGUAACAAGUGUUCAUAACCCCUCGACCCUUAUUGCUAAACAACGGCUGAUUAAGUCACCAUCAGAGCUAGCACUCAUGAGAAAAGCUGGAGAGAUCACCUCGGAGGCUUUCAGAACGGUACUAGGGGCCACUAGACCAGGGGUUAACGAGGGUCAACUAGAAAGUGUGUUUGAGCACUCUGUAAAGAUGGCGGGGGCACAGUGGAUGUCUUACCCACCAGUAGUGGCAGGGGGAACGAGUGCAAACUGUCUGCACUACAUCGCCAACAACAGGGUACUCAAAUCAGGAGAGCUAGUGCUGAUGGAUGCCGGGUGUGAGUACUACGGCUAUGUGAGUGACGUGACACGCACCUGGCCAGUGAGUGGAGAGUUUUCGGCCGCUCAGAAAGAGCUCUACGAGGUGGUAAGGAUGGUCAAAGAAGAGUGCACCCAGUUGUGUAGAAAAGGUGUGACACUCAGCUACCUCCACUCGGUAGCUGUGGACCUGCUGGCUGGCCAAAUGAAAGCUGUAGGUAUUCUAUCGGAUAGGAUCUCAACUUCCAAACUAGUACAGAUAAUAAAUGAGCUUUACCCCCAUCAUGUGGGCCACUACCUGGGUAUGGACACACACGAUACACUGUCAGUGGACAGGAACACAGAGCUGGUCCCAGGCAUGGUGGUCACCAUAGAACCAGGACUCUACAUACCAGCACUCUAUGCUAAUGGGGCACUCACUAAUGGGUUUAAAGAACUGCAAGGCACUGGCAUAAGGCUGGAGGAUGAUGUCCUGAUUACAGAACAAGGACCCGAAAUCCUCAACAAAAACUGCCCAGACUCUGUAGAGGAGGUGACCAAACUAAUAGCUCAAGGAUCUAGCUGAAUCUCUAAAAUUAAUAUUUUUGUUCAUGUGAAUUUGUGAAUUCUUUGCUUUCGUGCAUACAUGUAAUCGUAUGAUGUGCUAUUAGUGACUGGAGUUUGUGCAGCAA